AUGUCAAAUGAUGAUACGUUAUCAUGUCGCUUUGUUUGUUCACAUGAUCUAUUUGAAGAUAUGACAGUUACAAAAAUUGCUCGACGAUUUCAAGAACUUACUGAACAAUUAUUUUUAAUAUAUUCUAAUAUUAAUCAAACUGAUAGUCUUGUUGCACCUAUUACUAAACUUAGUCUUAUUUUACCAGAAGAAGUUUAUGAAAUGGAUCAAAUAAUUUUUUGUCAACAACCAGAUACUAUGAAUGAAACACCAGCAUCAUAUGCUCAAGCACGUAUUUAG